CCAAUGGAAUCGACCCGCGCGAGUGACUGACAGCGCGGCGAUCCAAUGGGACGCGCGUAUUUUGAGCACCUCCCCGAGCAACCCGAGUGAACGCCACAGAGUUUGUCGAUGGCGACAGCGCUGGUAAUGUGACGAUGAUUAAGACGACGAAGUCGGCGGACUGAGUUCACGCGAAUCCUGCGAGUUGAAAAGGCCAAAAUGGACGAGCUGUACGACCCGCUCAAGUGCAACGAGGACGCGGCGUCCUCGCCCGGCUGCCACGCGGACUUCGAUGACAUGCCGGAGCUGCAGGCGGCGGAAGAGGACCGGCGGUCGCCGGGCCUGUUCCAGGUGGGGGCCGGCGUGUCGCACCAGGAGCCGAGCGGCCGGGCCGACACCAACUGGCUGGCCGAGCUGGCCAACAUCGCCACCAGUCUCCAGAGUCCGCUGCUGCUCAAGGACGCGCCGCUCAAGAGAUCGUCUCCGGUCCGGAUCUUCGGCACCAGCAACAGUCUGCAUUCGUACGCCCGCCCCCCCCUGGCCGGCAGCGCGCCCACCCCCUCCAGAGGUCACCUCCGGGAGCGCAGACGCGUCCGGGCCAGCAGCGAGUCCGAGUCCGGCGUCUUCUCCAUGUCGUCGUCCUUUUCCGACGACGAAGACAUGGCCUGGUCCCGCUCGUGGCCGUCCACGGCCUGGCACUGCUUCCUGAAAGGAACUCGUCUCCGCUUCCAUCGCGGCCCAAACGUGGAGUGGCAGGAGGCCGACGAGCUCGGUGAUUCUGAUGAAGAUUCUGACGAUGACAGCGUGAUGCCGCCGUCCUCUUCCUCUUCCUCUCUUAAGAGAUUUGGCCGCGAGGGGCUGAAGCUGAUAAGCCACGAAGAGACGUUGUCUUACGGCCAGGCGGUCCUGAAACUCACCUUUGACCCCGGCUCCCCCGACGACGGCCUUUUAAGCGCCGAAUGCCGACUGGACCAUCCCUUUUUCGUCCGAAGUAAAGGGUGGGCCUCCUUUUACCCGAGCCUGACCGUGGUGCAUCAUGGGAUUCCGUGCUACGAGAUGCAGCUGGGCGACACGUGCCUGCCGCCAAACCACCCCGAUGCCAUUAAAUGCGACGAUUCCGUGGUUUUUGAUACAUUUCGAAGCUACGACUUCACCCCGCUGGACUCGUCCGCCGUGUACGUCCUGAGCAGCAUGGCCCGCCAGCGCCGGACCUCCCUGUCCGGCUGCGGCGCCGCCAGUCCGGACUGCGACAAACUGGAGCGCUCCGACUCCCCGCUGUUGGCGGGCGGCAGGUCGGGCAGGGGGCAGCCCCCGGCAGGGGGCGGGGGCGGGGGCGCCUCGCCCGCCAAAUGCAAGCGGCCCAUGAACGCCUUCAUGCUCUUCGCCAAGAAGUACCGAGUGGAGUACACGCAGAUGUAUCCGGGGAAGGACAACAGGGCCAUUAGCGUCAUCCUGGGCGACAAGUGGAAGAAAAUGAAGAGCGAGGAACGGCGCCUGUACACCAUGGAGGCCAAAGCGCUGGCCGAGGAGCAGAAGCGCCUCAAUCCCGACUGCUGGAAGCGCAAAAGAACCAACUCGGGUUCCCAGCAGCCUUAAAGACGUGCGCGGCCGCCUCGCCGGAUUUGCUCUCCCGUGACCGUCACCAGCUUUUGUUACCUUUAUACGGAAGGAGAAAAGCCCCCCCACUAAGGAAGUGCGUGUAUUUUCUUCCUCUAUCGCGAAUGCAAAGGCCUUUGUAUUCCUCUUUUGGUAGGAAACGAGCCUGUGGUGCUACGUAUGCUUCAGUGCAGCAAAAAAAAAAUCAAACACAACUAUUUGGAAUUGCAUCGAAGGCGAUUUUUGAUGUUUUUCGUGUCUCGCACACAAAUGCAGACUAACUUUUUCUUCCGACUUUUUUGCCGCGCGUCGAUCCGUGAUCAGUUUACACUCAAGCCACCGAGCACUUCGGGCCGUUUUGCUGCCAGUGUUCAUUCCUAUUGCACUUUAUAUCACGAUAUAAGUAUGUAAUCUUGAACUAUACAGCCUUUGUAUUCGAGUGCAGGAAAGUCAUUUGUGUAGCGCAGCCGCACGGCCGCGUUCUCGCUUUCAGGUCGCAGCGAUGUUCAUAAUGUACAGGUUUCACAGCCCGGAAUUGCACAGAAUAUACACUUGUAUCAUACUAUAAAUAAUGUUUUUGUUUUGUUUUUUUUAAACUUG